AUGGAUACUACAAAACAAAAACAUGAAUCAUCUUCUCAACUUGUACUUGAUCUAAGUCUCUCUAGCAAAGAUUCAUGUGACGAUGAAUCAAAGCCGGAACUAAACCUCCUCAAUUGUUUCCAUGAAAAUUUAUUAGAAAGCUCGUCGGAAUCAAGUCAUGAAAAUGAACUUGAUCCAAGAGUUUUCUCAUGCAACUACUGCCAAAGAAAAUUCUACAGCUCGCAAGCUCUAGGAGGACACCAGAAUGCUCAUAAGCGCGAAAGAACUUUGGCGAGAAGAGGCUAUACAACUAGCAUGGCUUCUUCUCUUCCUUCUUACGGCUUAUGUAACAAAUCACUUGGAAUUCAAGUGCAUUCUAUGAUUAACAAACCUUCUUAUCAAACACAAACACCCUUUUUUGGAUUUUGUUCAAAUGGACAGAAUGGUUGGAAAAGACAGAUUUUUGAUUCACAGCCAGCAAUCGGAAAGCCUCCAUCUGGAAACUUUCAUGCGAGGAAUGAAACUGAACCAUCUUUUGGCAGUGGCAUUCAAAGGGUAGCUAUGUUUCCUAAAAGUCUUGUGAAUGAAGAAUUUGGACUUGGAGGAUACUUAUUGGAUAACAGCAUUUCACAUUUGAAGUCUAAACAAGAGAAGUUGCAGAAACUUGACUUAUCCCUUAAGCUCUAA